UCACAGAGGGUGAAGAACUAUUUAAGAAUCACAGAUGCAGGACAGAGGAACGAAAAGCUUCAACACAAACCAGGUGCAGCUUUUAAUUUUGUACAGAUUAAUACCUGGAUCUGUAUUAGCUCCUCUCUGAAGGACAGUCAGUGGAAUGGAAGAUGGCUUGUUAUUGCAGUUGGUCUGGUUCGAGCAUACCUGGCUAAAGGUAGCUACCAUAGCCUUUACUAUUCAAUAGAAAAGCCCCUGAAAUUCUUCCAAACUGGAGCUUUGCUUGAGAUACUGCACUGUGCAUUUGGCAUUGUUCCUUCUUCUGUUGUUCUGACCGCUUUCCAAGUGAUGUCAAGGGUUUUCCUGACUUGGGCAGUAACACACAGUGUAAAAGAGGUACAAACUGAAGAUAGUGUCCUGUUGUUUGUGGUGGCCUGGACAAUCACUGAGAUAAUCCGUUAUUCUUUUUAUACAUUUAGCUUGUUAAACCAUCUCCCUUACCUCAUCAAAUGGGCCAGGUACACUUUGUUUAUAGUAUUGUAUCCAAUGGGAGUCUCAGGUGAAUUGCUCACAAUAUAUGCUGCAUUACCUUUCGUCAGGCAGUCUGGCUUGUAUUCCAUUAGUUUACCUAACAAGUACAAUUUUUCUUUUGACUACUACACAUUCCUGAUCCUGGUUAUGAUCUCUUACAUUCCAAUCUUCCCUCAGCUGUAUUUUCACAUGCUACAUCAGAGGCGAAAGGUACUUUCCCACACUGAAGAACACAAGAAGUCGGAGUAAUUCCAACUUUUUCAGAACUUUUCAAACAUCAAAAUGCUGCAGAUUUUCAACACCCAGCACAUUUAUAAAGAAUAUACCAAGAUAAAAUAAGUCAGUGGUAAAAAACCCAAUAAUUUAGGAAGAAUAACCAGUAAAACUGAUUUCACUGAAAUUCCACAACGUAAAACGUUGAAAUAACUUACAGCUUGCAGUGCUUCAGAAAACUUUUAAACUUUAUAUGGCUUGGCAGUUAGCCUUUCCCUUAAAUGAUGUGCUAAAUGGUUUUAAUUUAUUACUAAAUGCCUGAAGGUUGCAGUAUGAGUGAUGAAGUUGUACCCACUAAAUGUUUGUAUUGGGAUUGUAUUACUGAUACCUCUUUCUUUUUAAAAUGCUUGACUGCAUGCCAGAAACUGUAUCUGUUGCUGUGAAAGCCAAUAAUAUGCUCUGGAAUAGAGUAGGAUUUUGUCAGACUCCAGUGGAGAAUGUUACCCGGGCAGUGUGUUUGAAUUUAGAAAGGAAGGUUACAUAUCUAAAAGGUGACGGGAACAAGAACAGGAAACAAAUGAUGGGAAAUGAGGGGAAUGUGGUUCUUUAGGAAUUUAAACAAUAGUGUCUGACCAGAGCGUGUUCUCUGAAGAUCU